AUGAAUGAAACCAUAUAGAGAGAGAGAGAGAGAGAGCCAGAGAGAGGGGGAGUAGAGAUCGAUCAUGGAGGUGGCAAUAACAAAGAUGAAUGGCAAGAACAGUAAGGAGGAAGAAGACGAUGAAGAAGAGACCAUAAAGUUGCCGGGGUUUCGGUUUCACCCGACCGAUGAGGAGCUCGUAUCGUUCUACCUGAGGAGGAAGGUGGAGAAGAAACCGCUAGAAGUUAUCAAGCAGAUCGACAUAUACAAAUACGAUCCUUGGGAUCUUCCGAAAGAAGUUAGCAAUGUCGGGGAGAAAGAGUGGUACUUCUUUUGCAUGAGAGGAAGGAAGUACAGGAAUAGCAUAAGGCCCAACAGAGUCACGGGCUCGGGCUUCUGGAAAGCCACUGGAAUUGACAAGCCGAUAUACGCCGCCAAUGAGCCCCAUGAGUGCAUAGGUCUCAAGAAAUCCUUAGUUUACUAUCGCGGGAGCGCAGGGAAAGGCACCAAGACCGACUGGAUGAUGCACGAGUUCAGGCUCCCUCCCAUAACCAAGAAUAAUAGUGCAGGUCUUGCUCCUCAUACUAAGGACACUGCUCAAGAAGCGGAAGUUUGGACCCUCUGCAGGAUUUUCAAGAGGAUCCCAACUCACAGGAAGUACACACCAGAUCCGAAACAACACGUAAACACCAAUACUGUCAAGUGCAAUAACCCGAUCACUGACUCAUGUUCAAAAACCAGCAGCAGCUUCGAGUCUGAACACAGCAGUGAACAGUACAUGAGCUUCACAGAUUCGAUGAUCCGCCCGAACAGGGACCUAACAAGAGCAGCCAUGGAUAACACUUGCGUGGAUGACCGGAACCCCUUGUUUCUAGCAGGUCAUUUCAAUUCCAUGCCUCCUUAUAGUCUGCCACCAUUUCCAGGAUCUUACUAUCAUCAUCCCGGACUUUGGAAUGCAAGCAGCGACGAUCUGCUAACUUACGGGAGUAACUGGGAUGAGCUGAGAUCCGUCGUCGAGCGGGCCAUUCAUCACCAUUCCCAAGCUUUUGACUGUACAUAGUUACGAAAGAAGUCACGUAUAGCUCGUCUUUACUGAUUAUAGAUGCUUUGUAUUUCUUUCUAAAUCCUUUCUGAUAUACGAAAUUACUACUUUACACAAUAACACGGGCCUGUACAAGUAAAUAAGUAGCACUGUCUGUGGCGAUAACGGUUGUUCCAUCUUAUUAUGCUGAUGACGGACGAUAGAUUUUCGAUGUAAUAUUUGCUGGAUUAUUCACAUGCCAUGAGGGCCCGUUAAUGUAAUUACAUGUUCAUAGACCUCGAAUGUAAAGUCUUUUUCGGUUACAAAA